GGCAUGUCCCCAGAGUGUCCUGAGCCUGGGCCAGAAGGAUCGCAGGGCCAGUCCCUGGGGCCAGGCAGGCACUACGGGGCCUUGGUCUCGGGUCAGUCCCCUGCAGCCAUGCCGGCCCCCUGGAGCAUGCCCCGCUGGAGAGCUCGUGUGGCUGCCGCGGUGCUCUGCUACAUCAACCUCCUCAACUACAUGAACUGGUUCAUCAUCGCAGGCGUGCUGCUGGAUGUACAGAAGUUUUUUCAGAUCAGCGACAGCCAUGCUGGUUUGCUUCAGACUGUCUUCAUUGGCUGUCUGCUGCUGUCUGCACCCGUGUUUGGCUACCUGGGUGACCGACACAGCCGCAAGGCCACGCUGAGCUUUGGGAUCCUGCUCUGGUCAGGGGCUGGUCUCUCCAGCUCCUUCAUCUCCCCCCGGUAUUCCUGGCUCUUCUUCCUGUCCCGGGGAGUCGUGGGCACUGGCACGGCCAGCUACUCCACCAUUGCGCCCACUGUCCUGGGCGAUCUCUUUGUGAGGGACCAGCGGACCCGCGUGCUGGCCAUCUUCUACAUCUUUAUUCCUGUUGGAAGUGGUCUGGGCUAUGUGCUGGGGUCGGCUGUGACGGAGCUGACUGGGAACUGGCGUUGGGCCCUCCGAAUCAUGCCCUGCCUGGAGGCCGUGGCCUUGAUCCUGCUUAUCCUGCUGGUUCCAGACCCACCCCGGGGAGCUGCUGAGAAGCAAGGGGAGGUGGCUGUGGGAGUUCAGAGGAGCAGCUGGUGUGAGGACGUCAGAUACCUGGGGAGAAACUGGAGUUUUGUGUGGUCAACCCUCGGAGUGACAGCCAUGGCCUUUGUGACUGGAGCCCUGGGCUUCUGGGCCCCCAAGUUUCUGUUUGAGGCCCGUGUGGUCCACGGGCUGCAGCUUCCCUGCUUCCAGGAGCCGUGCAGCAGCCAGGACAGCCUGAUUUUUGGGGCACUGACUGUCGUGACCGGCAUUGUUGGGGUCAUCCUGGGGGCAGAAGCUGCGAGGAGGUACAAGAAGGUAAACGCAAGGGCUGAGCCUCUCAUCUGUGCCUCCAGUCUGCUGGCCACAGCUCCCUGCCUCUAUCUGGCUCUCGUCCUGGCCCCGACCUCCCUCCUGGCCUCCUAUGUGUUCUUGGCUCUUGGGGAGCUGCUUUUGUCCUGCAACUGGGCAGUGGUCGCUGACAUCUUGCUGUCCGUGGUGGUGCCCAGGUGCCGGGGGACAGCAGAGGCGCUUCAGAUCACAGUGGGCCACAUGCUGGGAGAUGCUGGCAGCCCCUACCUCACUGGACUUAUUUCUAGCGCCCUGCGGGCCGGGCGCCCUGACUCCUAUCUGCAGCGCUUCCUCAGCCUGCAACAGAGCUUUCUGUGCGGCGCCUUUGUCAUCGUCCUGGGUGGCGGCUGCUUCCUGCUGACUGCACUGUCUCUGGAGCGGGACCAGGCCCAGGCCCGGCAGCCUGGCGCAGGGACCCUGGACAACAAGGACAUGGACAGCAAGGACAUGGAGAACCAAAGCCUGCUUUCUGGCAUGGGUGCCUCCACAGAGGACCCCUGA